AUGGAAUCACCAAUUACUACUUUCUCUUGGUUUUUUUUCAUUCCAUUUCCUCUCCCACCCUUCUUCACCAAGACCGCCCACCAUCAUCACCACCCGCCACCCACCACCGCCGCGACAACUGCCACCGGUGCCACCACCGACCACCUCUACGGCCACCCCCGUCGUCGCCGCCACCCGUCAGCCCCGAUCACCACCACCCAACGGUGCCGCCCCUCACCCAUUACACCCGACCACCGCCACCCAACUUCGUCGCCCCUCACCAACACCUGCCACCGCCAACACCCUCCACCACCGACCGCCUACCACUACCACCACCGACCACCACCACCUAACGUUGUCGCUUGUCGCUGCCUCCCAUCACCGCCGCCGCCACCACCACUGUCAUCGCCACCACCUGUCGCUGCCACUACCCACUACUCUCGACCACCACCCCCACCACCAUCACCACUCACCCACGACACCCAACCACCGCCGUCGCUGUCACCCACCACUGCCGCUUCCACCCACUACCACCGCUACGCACCACCGCCACCCAUCGCCGAUUUUAUUCACUCGUCUUUUCCUGCCUACCAAAUAACACAAGGUAAUAAUUCAUUACAUUUCUACAUGGUAAACCAAGCAAGUCCAUGA